AGGAGGAGGGUUGGGGGGGGGGGAGGAGAACUGCUGCCCAUCAACCUUGCUGGGGGCUUGGAGAGAAGACUGAUAGACUCCGGUAACUUGGCACCGGAUCUUCCUUUCCUUUCCUCCCCUUCUCUCUCUCUCUCUCUCUCUCUCUCUCUCUCUCUCUCUCGGGUGGCAUGACACUUUUUGGCCGCAGAGAAGGGUGCUGGAGAUAUAUAAACAUGGCCCAAGAGCCUAAAUUGAGCCAUACCAGGCCUGGUCAGAAGAGGCAGCAGACCGUGAGCUUGUAUCCGAGCAACUGUGAUCUGGACUAUGAGCUUUACAAAGAUGAUUUGCCAUACAGGAUCUAUGAAUACCAGAAGAUCCCUCCUCUUAUUGGACACAUUCCUAUCAAGAUCAGAAGAAGCCAUCUAGGCGCAGAAAGCAAAACCAGACUGAGCCCACACACAGACUUGAGAAGCAACAGCAAUCCCACAACAGGACGUACAAAAUUGCGGGCUGAAGAAUUGCACUCCAUCAAAGGGGAAUUAAGCCAGAUCAAAGCACAGGUGGACAAUUUGCUGGAAAGCCUCAACAGGAUGGAUCAACAGCGGGAACACCCCACAGGUGCCAAGGAGAACAAGAGAAAACCGUUUGCCAGCGUGGAUCCUUCCUACCCGGCCGGAGAACUGACCAGGGUGAAGGGAAGUGUCCGAAAUGAGGGUCAGCAAGAGGUUGAUAGUGCAGAGGAGAGCACAGACACCGAAGAAGCUGCGGUGAAAAAUCACACACCGGAUCCCGAAGGAAGCAAGUAAGGAGGGCUACCUUGCUGGGAUCCCUCUCCAAGCACCUCCUUUCUUCUGUGUUGCGUUUCCUUCCCAUGACUUCAGCUUGUGCAGCCUUCGACGUCGCUUCCUUGCAAUCCGUGGUGGUACAGAGGAGAACAGAGGUCCAGCUUUGCUGCUGCCCCUAAGCUGGUGGAAGAGCUUCCUCUUGUCAAUUUAAGGAUCUUGUGUGUUCUUGUUAGAAAGCAACCUUAAAUACAGGUCCAGGAUGGGAGAAAGAGGGGAGGAAAGGCAAGCACCGUGACUGCACAUUUGAACCAAUCAUUGUGGCUCCGAAAUAAACAGUAGCGAUGUGCUACAGAUCAAACCUGUUCUUAUUCUUUUAUGGGUACCCAAAGAGCAAUUGCACGUCAGGUCUAAGAUGCUUCGAGUCCAGGUUAAUCUUUAUCUCCAGGCAUCAAAGGAUGUUGUCUUUUUGGGACUUGUGUUGCACACAUUGUUCUAAG